AUGUUUUAUACUAAUUCUAUUUUGAUUUCAUUUAGAAAAAAGUUAAAUAUUAAGGAUACCAUAUAUUAUGUAUCUGAGUCUUGGGAUGCUGUUGAAGAUCAAACAAUUCUCAAUUGUUGGAGAAAGACUGGAAUUCUAUCAUCAUUUUCCUAUGAAGAAAUAGAAGCUGCUACCUAUAAUCAGAAUAUGUUGUUAGAACAGCAAGAAGAAAAUAUUGAUAACUUGGUAAUAGACUUGACCUCUCAUAAUCCAGAUCUGGAAAUUAAAAGCCAAUUAAACACAUAUUUAGACCUCAAUGAUUCGCAUAUAAUAACCGAGAAAAAGCUUGAAGAUUCAAAAAUUAUUGAAAUUGUUUUAGAUGAAGAAAACCAGCGCGAAAAUGGAGAUCCUGAUGACUUGGAUGAAGAACAACCUAAAAUUCCUAUUUCUGAAGGACUAAUAGCUUUGUUAAACCGAAGAUAUAGAGAAUCUAAGCGCCAAACAUCUAUUGGUGAUUUCUUUACGUCGUUAGAUAAUGAGAAAGAUUAUAAUGAUGUUUUGUAA